UUAUCAGCGAAAGCAAAAAUCUCGGAAAACACAAAGUAGCUUUUUACUAAAAUAAAAUAAAAAAAAAAAAAACAAAGCCACCACAGAGACAGCAUCAAGUGUCAGCACUCAACUCACGUCAGAGCUGAUCAACAGUAGCUUGUGCGCAACGUUUUAAAACGGAUUGAAAGAGCAAGCAAAUUGCCUCAAACGCAAAAUUUUUCAUUUUCAAAGAAAUUAUCGAACUCAAAAAGUAUUUACGCGAAAGACCCGGUAAAUUUGUCGCCGCAUCCAUGCGCACUGUACACGAAAGUGCAUUCAAACCAAAAUUAUCUGCAGAAACGAAGUUCAUAGUGGAUAUUCGACCUGCCAACCACAAUGCAGCGGCGCUCAACAGCGUCAAUGCCGUCGCUAAUAAUAACAUGAACUCUAACCCAUUAGAGGUGAAUGCUACGAAUGGCGGCGGUCACAAUGGUCUGGUUGUUGAUGCCGCUGUUGGCGCGCAUCGUCGCCUCAGCGGCAAUGGCGGCGUGAGUGGCAGCUCCCGCAAUUCCAAGGCGGAAGUGAAUUGGCAUCGCGUUUUCACCGUUUCAUCGCUGUUUGUGUCGCUUUUGCUGAUUAGCGGUUCCAUUUAUUUGCAUUUGCGACAGAAACAUCAUCUUGGCAGACUUCAUCACGACCAGCAUAGCCCAGCAGCCGGCUCGGUUGCAACGACACCUACGACAAUCGACGCCCACUCUUCGGCAUCCGUACCGGCAUCAUCUGGAGCUCCUUCAGCUGCUGCAGCAACAUCCGGCAACUCUUUCACAACUUCCUCUGUCACAGCGGCUAAGGCUUCACAACCAAGAUGGAAUGCAUUACCUGAUAUGGAUAGUCGUUCGCGACACAUAACCGAAGCUUGUAUGCAAUGCAUCUGCGAGACUACAACCGAAUGCCGCCCAGCUACAUGUGGCAAUAAUGUGGACUGUGGCGUUUUUCGCAUAUCACGCCCCUACUGGUUGGAUGCUGGUAAGCCAGCACUUGAGGGCGAUGAGCACAACAACAGCAAUACAACCAAAACUUACUACCACUGUGUCAACAACAUUUACUGCGCGACCCGCGCUGUCGCUGCCUACAUCAGCAAAUAUGCGCGCGAUUGCAAUGGGGACGGCAUAAUCGAGUGCCGCGAUCAUAUUGCACUGCAUCUGCUUGGCCCCAGAGGUUGUGCGCAGUCCGAGUGGAACUUAUCGCCCGUAUUCGUGCGUCGUAUGGAGGAUUGUUUGGCGGAAUUAAAGUGAAGGGAGAUGCCGAAAGUGUGAAUGGGCCGGGUCAGUGCUUGAACACAGAAUUAAUACUCAGCAAAAAAGUCGAUUUUACUCGAAUGUAGGUAGCAGUUUCAGACACGAAAAUAUUGGCGCAGUUGAGGUGCAAAUCAUUUUGCUGGAGUCGGCAACAAUGCAUCCAAUUGUGUUGUAUACGAUAUAUGUCUGUAGUUGUAGUUGUACAUACAACUAUAUAUGUUUAUAUGUUUAUAAGUAACUAUAGGCUAUUUUUAAUCUGUACUACACUCACAAUUUUUGUGGAAAAUUGCGCUGAAGGGGGUAUUCUAGUCUAGAGGCCCGAAUUUCGAGCAUUUUUUGACGAAUAAAAAAAAAGCAAUUGAUAUUUUUACGAUACAUUUUUUUAUCAUUUAUUUAUUCAUAUAUUAGGAGCACACAAAAUAAAUUUGAAAAAAAAAAAAUGAAUUUUCAUAGAGUUAUGCGUCCUUGAAGUGGAAGGGGGGGAAAAAGGCAGUGUCCCCGUCGUCACGAUUUCUACCCUUGUGGUCAUCUGAAAAAAAAAAAAUACAAAUUCUUAAUUAAUAUGAAUGUCAUUAUCGUAUGAACCAGAAAAAACGGAAAAAAAAAUUUUUUCCAUAAAAUGGCGGCUACUCAAAAAAUUGAGGUCGAUUUUUCUCUUAUUUUUAAGCUUUCUCGAAUUGUUUACACAUAUUAAAAAAUUGAAAUUUCCAGUUUUUCGAGCUUCAUACGAUAGAGAUAUAUUUAAGGAAUAUUCAUGACAAAUUUCAAGAAAUCGGUUGAUUAGAACUUGAGAUAUCGUGCCGACCGUAUCGAACGAAGUAGUUUCGAGAAACACGCGUUUGAAUUUCGCCGUCUAGUAGUCUAGCUGUCGCGUCACUAAAAUAGUUGUAAUUUCGAAAAUAAUUCGAAUUUUGCAAAAUCCUUUUAGGGAGAUAUUUUUGAAUACCUAAACUAUCGAAUUUUGAAAAAAAAAAUUUUCGAUUUUUUCAAAUUUCUAGACUAGAAUACCCCCUGGAGUGCGCAUGUGUGUGUGUGAAUGGUUGUGUUAUUGAAUGAUUGAACACAUUUGCUUGUGUGUACGUGUGUGUGAAAAUAUUCAAAGUCGAAAUUGAAUAGGAAGUGUUUACCACAGCCGGAAGGGUACUCUAAUAGGCAUGCACAACAACAACAGCAAGAAACGGUAUAUCACGAACGUACGAAAUGUAAAACGAAUUGAAGCGGAAAAUGAAGAGCUUCUGCUAUCAAGCAAUGUUUUGAUUAUUUAACGUUUAAGUUAAAUAUAUUUUUAUGUAUGUAUAUAUGUAAGAGAAAUAUGAAUUUAAUUUUAGUUUUUUGGUUUUAAAUUUACUAAAUAUUGGAGGUUUGUGAGACACUAAAGACCAAAUAAAAAAUAUGCAUCUUUUUUUGUUUACCUA